AAAAUAUCCUAAUCAUUAUUUUGUUUCAAGAAGCAAGGGCAGAAAUAGUUAAACGUCGAGAUCUCUUGCUUGCCCUCUCGUUUCGCAGCCACAAACCAAACCCUUGAAACCCGGUGUUUUCUUGCUCUCAGAAUAAAAUUUGUAAUUGUUGUUGACCGGGAAUCAGUACCUGGGUCUUCUUCUUCGUCGUCGUCGUGGUCCUUGUCAUGUGUCGUUGUUGGAUUAGAUGCAGAGAUUACCAGAAUUCUUAAGCUUUAUUCAUCGUUAAUCUGUGAAGGGUUUCGGAUCCCUCAUUUACCCUAAUUUUUUUCCCUAUUUUAAUAAGGAUUCGAGAAAGUUCGGGCUCGCACAGAAAAUGGGAUACUUGAACUCUGUUCAUCCGAGUACCAGCGGAGCUCAGGCCGGUGGCUCUCUUGUCAGCGGUGGAGGCAUCAGCCAGAAUGGGCAGUUCAGCUAUGGAUAUGCAAGCUCUCCAGGGAAAAGAUCAUCAAUGGAGGAUUUCUACGAAACCAGAAUUGAUGGUGUCGAUGGAGAGACUGUUGGUUUAUUCGGAGUUUUUGAUGGUCAUGGUGGGGCUCGAGCAGCUGAGUAUGUUAAACAGCACCUCUUCAGCAAUUUGAUCAAUCACCCCAAGUUCAUAAGCGAUACAAAGUCAGCAAUAGCUGAUGCAUACAACCAUACAGACUCAGAGUUGUUGAAAUCUGAGAAAAAUGAGAAUCGUGAUGCUGGGUCAACUGCUUCAACUGCUAUUCUUGUUGGUGAUCGUUUGCUAGUUGCCAAUGUUGGCGACUCUAGGGCUGUUAUUUGUCGGGGCGGAAAUGCCAUAGCUGUUUCACGAGAUCACAAGCCUGACCAGACGGAUGAACGGCAACGAAUUGAGGAUGCUGGAGGAUUCGUGAUGUGGGCUGGAACAUGGCGGGUUGGUGGUGUUCUCGCUGUUUCUCGUGCAUUUGGUGAUAGACUUUUAAAACAGUUUGUUGUCGCUGAUCCAGAAAUUCAGGAAGAGGUGGUUGAUGGCUCUCUAGAAUUCCUUAUCCUUGCAAGUGAUGGGCUGUGGGAUGUCGUCUCAAACGAGGAGGCUGUCGAGAUGAUUAAACCCAUUGAAGACCCAGAACAGGCAGCAAGGGGACUGAUGCAGGAAGCUUAUCGAAGAGGAAGUGCAGACAAUAUUACAUGCGUUGUAGUACGUUUCCUAGCCAGCCAGAGCGGCAAUACCCAGGAAGAAAAGCAAUAGAAAGGUCACUUUUUGCUUUCUUCUGUAGAACCCUGCUGCCUGCAACUAAUAUGAGAUUGAAGUGCAAUUAAAUCACUGCUCAAACAACCUGCAGAGAAUCCAAUUUGAAGACAGAAAUCAGCUCGUUGGCAAAUGUGUAGUAUCGUUUUUUCAGAAGUUUGUAUUUGUUUAUUCUAUUGCUUUAUCAUGUCUAGCCUACUCAGUUAUGCGGAAAACAUGAUUCUGUUCCAUGUAUUUGUAAGAAUAAGGUCAGUUAUUUAUCGAAGCUAAAAAUUGAUGUUUGGAUACUCAUUUGCAGUGAAUCCAUUGAGUCAUUUUCAGAAA